AUGAAUAUUUUAAAGUUUCUAAUUGUUUCGCUUUUAGUAAGCUAAAUAUUUGCAAUAGGUGGUGGUAGUGUUAACUGCCUUGGUUCUGGAUGCGCUUCUCCUACUAAUUGCCCAACUCCUCCUACUGUCACUCCUCAUUUGACUAUGACUUGGGGUACUGGUAUAAAACCUGGAACUUGUAUGCUUAGCGCUUGUCCUGAAGGUGUUGAUACAUUUACUGGUGCUACUGAUAUCUACUGUUAAUCUUGUCCUGGUGUUUCUAUUACCAACACCCCAGCUGUGUAUGCUAACACUUUAGGAAAUGCUUGUGUUGCUGCAAGUGCAACUUGUGGUUCUGGUAGAACUGCUAAUACAUGGACUGACGCAGAUUGCUUAGCUUGCAAUGGUAAUACUAGUUAAUAUGCUAAAACUGAUUAAUCUGGUUGCUAAGCAACAGCUCCUUCUUCUUCUCCUUCUCCUUCAUUAUACUCAAACUCAAUGAUAAUUUUGAGCUCAGUUUUAUCUUUAAUUACAUUCCUUUUCUGA